UUAAUGAGAGAGAUUUCCACUGCCCAAAUCCCCCAAAUUUAUCGCUCUUUUUCUUCUCUCUCAGUAAAAACAAGUCAACAAUUCUUCUUAAAAAUUUGCUCCGCUAAGCGUUUUUAGUUUUUCAGAUCACUCGCUCGCUUCCUCUCCGGAUUUUUCCGCUGCGAAUGCCUGUGAUUUCGCAAUUUGAAUUUGAUUCUCAAGCAUCGUCGCCGCCGGUUCAAAUAACUACGAAUAUGCAGCUAGUGGAGAUUCAGCCUCGUGAGCUUAAGUUCAUAAUUGAGGUGAAGAAACAGAGUUCAUGUACAGUGCAUCUUGCCAAUGUCACUGAUCAGUAUAUUGCCUUCAAGGUAAAGACUACUUCUCCUAAGAAGUACUGCGUGAGACCUAAUGUUGGUAUAAUCAAGCCAAAGUCAACCUACAGUUUCACAGUUACCAUGCAAGCACAAAAGUCUGCCCCCUCUGAGAUGCUAUGCAAGGAUAAAUUCCUGAUUCAGAGUACAGUGGUACCAUUUGGCACAACCGAAGAGGAGAUUACACCUGUCAUGUUUGUAAGAGAAGGUGAAAAAUAUAUUGAAGAGACCAAGCUCCGGGUUGUUCUUACUAGUGCAUCCAAUUCUCCAGUGUCGCCAGUAGAUGGAGCUCCAAAGCAAGAAGCAUCCUAUGAUGAGGCCCUAUCGCCGAAAGAACCCAAUUCACCUGUUUUGUUGCCUGUUAAUGGACUUUCAAAACAAGAACGAUCUUGUGAGGUGCCAAUUCCUGAAGAUAAAUUGCAUAAUAGGGUGGAAAAUCAUUCCCCUCCUGAUAUGCAACUCAUGAAAGAAGAGGCAAACAAAAAUGUUACCAACAUGGAAGAAAGUAGUCUACUAGAGGCCACAGAAAGAUUGGGACCCCAUCCUGCCAAGGCUGAGGAGUUUUACCCUCGCAAGGAUAAGGGAUCGAAGGGAGUGAAACAUGUUGAAGAAGCAAAGUUGAAGCUUGUUACAGAUAUUGAGGAAUUGAAAUCAAAGAUUAGUGCCAUGGAUUCCAAGUUCAUUGAGGCGAAGCACACCAUCGCGAAGCUAAACGAAGAAAAGAGCCACACAAUUCAAGAGAGCGAAAAGCUAAAGCAAGAAUUGGCAGUGUUAAGGAGAAGAAGUGGUCCUAGAAAAGUUCGGGUUGGCUUUCCCCCACUGUUCGUCUGCAUGGUCGCGCUGAUUGCCCUGAUGAUUGGAUUCUCAUUUCGAGCUUAAUGCAUCAUGCAGUGUGUGUACGGGAAAUUCUAAUUCAAAUCGAGUUUAGUCGAACCUGAAGCAAUUAUAGGACCAUUACAAUACAUUUGUCGUGUAAUUGAUGUAUAAUUCAGGAAGGAUAAUCAAUCACAUAACAAGUAUUGAUCAUACUUGAUUUGUGAUUAAUUUGGUUCGACUAAACUUGAUUUGAAUAAAAUUUUUCGCAUCUGUUUAGAAACAAGUCACAUAUACAGGGGCGCCUGUUUAGAAACAUGUGAGAUAUACAGGGGCGGAUGUAGUGGUUGUUUAAAUACGAGAUCUUAGUACAAUCUCUCAGACAUGAAUGUAAAAAAGAAUUCAUCUUAUUGAAUAAUCUAAGAAAAAUAAACUUGUCUCUGGA